CCCUUUUCUGGCUGUCUCUAAAACAGAUGAAAUGAAAUGAAGCCACAAAAGAAGAGUUAAGAGAUAAGUACACCUUGGCUUUGCUUUUCUUUCUAGUUAUGAUGUCAGGAAGGAGGAGGAGGAGGGGGGUCUUCUUGCUUGCAAGCCAAAGAUUUCUUCUACUAAUUGUAUUGUGCGUAACAAGUAGGUGCUGCAAAGCCCAGCAAAAGAAUGAUCAGAACUGCACUUCGUCUUGCGGGAAUAUCCAUGACAUACACUACCCUUUCUGGCUGGAAGACGAUCCCCAGCACUGUGGUCUUCCCGACUACCAACUUGCCUGCAACAACAAUCGCACUAUACUAUACCUUAAAACUCGUCCUUAUGCAGGGUACGACUACAAAUUCAACUACUCCUACUACGUGGAGGCAAUCACUUAUGACAACUUCUCGAUUCGACUUGUUGAUCCCGGUCUAGACAAGGAUAAUUGCUCUUCUCUUUCAAUUCAAUCUGUCUUACCAUAUGCUGAAUAUUUCGGAUUCUCCACAGUAGGGUCAUACUUUGGUGUUAUGUUCACAAGCUGUCAGAAUCCCGUAAAUAGGAGUGGAUAUGUGGACGCUAGCUUUUGUGAUAAAAGAAACACUACUUCCACCUCCAACACUACUUCACCAUCUCCGUUGCAAAAUCAUAAUUAUGUUGUAUUAGGAGAAAUGGAUUUCUCAGAACUGGAGGACUCCUGCAACAUCGGCAGUUCGGUUUUGACAUCAGCAGAUAUUCCACGGCUCCUGACGGGAGACAACAUUUCUUUUUCGGACUUAUAUGACGGGCUUGCAUAUGGGUUUGAGCUUUUAUGGUAUCUCGUCUAUUGUGGACAGUGUGAAGCAAGAGGCGACUAUUGCCCUCUCGUAUUUGAGGACAAUGUUGUCCAUUGCUUAGGGGACGGAGCCAGAACCAAAAUCAGAACUAGAAUCAGAAAUACAUUGAGAAAUGUAUUAUUAGGCUUGCUUCAGUGGUUGAUUUAUGUUUUCACUCUAGUAUACAAACCAAUCGGAUGGUUUAUUGCAGCAAGGUCUUUCUGCGGGAUUUCAUUUCUUCUCGCAUUAGUGGUAUAUAAAUGGAGAAGGCGGCACCUAUCAAUCUCUGACAACAUUGAAGACUUCCUACAGAGACACAACAACCUGAUGCCCAUAAGUGGAAGAACAGCUAGAAUGUCAAUUAAAAAGUACGAUGAUAAAUAUCUCUUUGCUAUUGCCCAAGCAUCUUCCACUAAAACACCUCUUCCAAAUACUCGCGAAGAAGGAGCAAUAAAGCGGGUGACGGAUGCGAUAGAGAUGUUGGUACGUAUGUCACAUAGAGGCGCUUGUGGUUGUGAGACAAAUACUGGUGAUGGAGCUGGUAUUCUCGUAGCUCUUCCUCAUGACUUCUAUAAGGAGGUGGCCGAGUCUCUUGGGCAUACUGUACUUGGGUGGCGCAUGGUCCCCACAGAUAACUCAGGAUUGGGCCAAUCGGCUUUGCAGAUAGAACCUGUUAUUGAGCAAGUGUUUUUUACACCUACGCCUCGGUCAAAAGCUGAUUUUGACUCUGUUAUGCUAGAAUCAGUUUUUAGGCUUGAAAGUGGGAUGAUUUGUCCGUUCUGCAUUCACUGGCUUCCCCUGACUAAAUCCAUGAUAACUAGUACCUAUAGUGGAUUUUUGGCAGAAAGUACUCACAAUAUUGGGGUUACAUGA